ACUCUGCCCACCUCACAGCCUCGCACAUGUCGCUUCUCCCUGCCGCCUCCUCUCCUCACCACGGCUCGCCCUCGGCAUCCUCUCCCCACCACGGCUCGCCCCGCAGCCUCCACCUCCGAUACGACCUCGCGCUGCCACCAACGCUUCCGGUCUCCCCUGUAUCGACACUGCCGCCGGUGUCCAACCUCAGCGACGACGCCAGCCUGCCCGACGCAGCUCCUGGCCGCGGCGGCCUAGAACACCGAGGUAUAGAAGCCUGCUCCGGCUGCCAAGCUGCCGCCCAACCUGCUCUGGGGGUUCCAUAUGAUACAAGACUCAAAGGUCUAGAUGAUGACAGAGGAACCAAAGGUCUAACACAGGAUGCUUCAAAGUCUCAUUUUAAAAGGUCAACAGGUGUGCAAGGGGAGCAACUUCGCUGAGGGUUUGUCAUGGGGGUGCUGCAAGGGGUGUUGGCAUGUUCCUUGACUCACUCGAAUCAUCUCAGCCGUUGCCUAACUGAAGGUGUGCUGCUACAGCUAACUGAAGAUGAAGACAGAUUCACAGUUCCUGCCACUAUCAUUUGAGAAAUAAAGUCUUGUUGCUGUAAAAAAAAAUCUGUAAUUGUACUCCAUAUCGAAAGUUCUAGCUCAACAAACAAGCAGAGAGAGAAAUGAUAAUUCAAGUAACGAUC